UCUCGUGUCGCGCGUACAAGCUUCGAGUGUCAAGUCGGCUUCAGCCAUGGCAGGAAACUGUAUCAGAUACGUUCCAACCACCGAAGAAUACUUUUCCGAAUACUCGACGCCGUUGGCCAUACUGCUGGCAGUAUCCGGAGGUUUCCUAGUAUUGAUUGCCGGUUUGUUCUACCAAAUCGUGAGGACCAUACUCGUUAACUAUGCAAAGCAUUGUCAGGUUGAGUUAAUCAUCGCUAAUGUGAUCUAUACGGUGAUAGUAAUUUUCUGCAUUAUCUCGCUGGCCGUUCCAGUAGUAUCGGAGCAAUUUGGUCUGGCGACACUUAUUGUUUUUUCUUGGUGUAUAUUUUCGCUGUACAGAUAUAUCGUGCUGACGGCAGGCGGGCAUAAUGCCUUGCGACAGAUGUACCAAUCGGGUAGCGAACGGUUGGCCAGUGGUGGAUUGAUUAGGCGUUUGCUGUAUAGAAUCUUUGGAAGUUACAACAUCACACGAAUUUGCAUCAUUCAGUUCCCGAUCAUCAGCACCGUUCAAAGUGUGUGCCAAAUAGUUUUACAUCUAGUGGAUAGAGAUGAAUACUACAACAACUUAUACACGUUGCUUAUCAUUUCGAUAGUUUCUAUUAUAUUGUACCUGAUUUCAUUCUCUCUACUGGUUUACCUUAUUCAACCUGGUUUCCCGGAUUUACAAAUUGUGAAAAAAUUCAAAUAUCUCCGACUGGUAGUGCUGGUGAUCAAACUUCAGGUCGCCAUCCUGGAAGCGAUCUUCCGCGGGGUGUACAUUGACUGCACCGAGUUCCCCGGCACGGCAUGGUCCCUGAUGAAUCUCGCCAAACAACCGUUAAUAAUACUUCAAAUGAUCGUGCUGGCAUUUGCUACGUGGAGGGUCUACCGUAAUGAGAAGAAUUACAACGCGUCCUAAUCCAAAAUCCAUCUAGGUAAGAGGGAGAAUAUCGAAAUACAUACAUUUUAAAUG